AAUGUCAGGGCAGUAUCCGGGCGUGGCGCAUUCCUUGGCACUGGGAAAUGUCCUCGGAAAAGUCAGAUAUCAGACAAAAGCCGAGACAUGCGAAGGGGUCAGAGAGGCUAAUGCGAAGAUUUCCUGAUGAUUACAUAAACCGAAGACUUGCAGAUGGUACGUGGCGCUCUAAGCAUUGCAAGGAGCAAAGCCAGGAACUGUUGCGUGGAUCGAAGACGAAGAGAGAGGCAAAGCCGAUGACUCGCCAUCACCGUCGUCGCCGCGGUCGCCAUUGUUAGUCUACCAUACCAGUUCGAAGGGGGAUCUACCGCGCAUUCGUUGUUUCUUUCAAGCUAACAGAUGGAAGAUGGGAGCUCAAGAUACACAGUUGAUGAAGCACUCUUGGCCGUGGGGUUUGGAAAUUUCCAGAUUCUUGUUCUUGCUUAUGCAGGGAUGGGUUGGGUUUCAGAAGCAAUGGAAAUGAUGCUUCUUUCAUUUGUUGGACCGGCAGUUCAGUCAGAGUGGGGGCUUUCUUCUCAAGAAGAGAGCCUAAUAACCAGUGUGGUUUUUGUAGGCAUGCUAAUUGGGGCAUAUUCAUGGGGCAUUGUUUCAGAUUACUAUGGACGACGGAGAGGAUUCCUCAUAACAGCCAUGGUUACUGCUGGAGCUGGUUUCUUAAGUGCGGUUGCCCCAAAUUAUAUUACAUUGAUUUUUCUUCGUUGUUUGGUCGGUAUUGGUCUUGGAGGCGGCCCUGUACUCUCCUCUUGGUUUUUGGAGUUCAUUCCUGCCCCAAACAGGGGCUUUUGGAUGGUUGUUUUUUCUGCUUUCUGGACCCUUGGCACAAUUCUUGAGGCUUCACUUGCAUGGUUUGUGAUGCCAACAUUUGGUUGGAGGUGGUUACUUGCACUGUCCGCCAUCCCUUCAUCAUUUCUCCUUAUAUUUUAUUUUGCGACACCUGAAUCACCAAGGUAUUUAUGCUUGAAAGGUAGAACAACUGAUGCAGUUAGAGUUUUAGAGAAAGUAGCAAGUGUCAACCGAACAAAAAUCCCUUCUGGCAUUCUUGUUUCUGAUCAACAAAUUGAGCUGCAUGGAAGGUGUAUUUCAUCAGAAGAUGCACAUUUGCUGUCACCAAGAACAAAUGAAAGCUCUGUCAUUGAGGUUGCAGAUUCUGAUAUUGGAGGCUUAUCAUCAUUGUCGAUGAUCUUUUCAGGAAAAUUAGUUAAGUCAACCCUGCUUUUAUGGGUGGUAUUUUUUGGAAAUGCAUUUUCAUAUUAUGGCCUUGUUUUGCUGACCACUGAGUUGAGUAACAGCCAUAAUAAAUGUGUGCCAAAGGAGUUGCAGUCAGAAAAGUCCCAAGAUGUUAGCUAUAGAGAUGUUUUCAUCACUAGUUUUGCAGAGUUCCCUGGGCUCCUCUUAUCAGCUGCCAUGGUGGAUAAACUUGGUCGUAAGUUGUCAAUGUCGGCAAUGUUCUUUCUGUGUUGCAUGUUUCUACUUCCUUUGGUCUUUCACCUGCCUGCGAGUUGGACAACCGGUCUUCUGUUUGGAGCACGAAUAUGCAUUACAUCAACCUUCACAGUGGUUUAUAUAUAUGCUCCAGAGAAAAGACCUCAUAAAGCAGAAAAUAACUACCAGCAUUACCAGAUUCAGAUAAGCUGCUUUUUAUUUAUUUUUUAUUAUUAUUUUUUCCUCCUCGAAAACAAAGAAUAGAAAACAAAUUCAAGCAUUUGAUUCAAAUGGUACACAACUGGUCAUUUUUAGCGGACAAAGUUUAACCUGGAGGCAAUUUUUCUGCAGAAAUAGGGGCUAUACCUCCAAAAAAAUCAUCCAAGCAUGGUUAAAUGUUUGGUUUAGACCUUGACGUUUGCUAUAUCUUUUAUUAAACCCUGUGCGCAAUCUUCAGUUGACUGCUUCUGCCAGGUACUAAUUGUGUUCUAAUUUUCAAUUGUAGAUAUACCCAACAUCAAUCAGAACCACUGGUGUGGGAAUUGCAAGCUCAGUGGGAAGAAUUGGGGGAAUGGUAUGUCCUCUUGUGGCUGUAGGUUUGGUACAUGGGUGUCAUCAAAUUGCAUCGAUUGUGCUCUUUGAGAUUGUUAUCUUCGCUUCUGGGAUUUGCACACUGCUCUUCCCGUUUGAAACGAAGGGAUGUGAAUUAACUGAUCAAGUGCCUGAUUCAAAGACGAUUAAAGGGCUUGUACAACUUCAACAAUAGUAUGAGUAUGUGGGGCUUUGCAUCUGAAGUUAGAUAAAACAAUUCACUGAUAGAAAUAUAAACAGAAACAACUAGAAAUACAAACACAACUCCGCCUUUCGGCCCCAGGGUCAGCCGUUUAAUCUCUUUAAGAAUUUUUUUACACAAUCACAAUGUUGCACGUGUUUUUAUGUACUCGUGCUCAUUUGUAUGUAUUCAUCCACGGAGUGGUCUGAAGAAUUCAUAAUUAAGCACUUGUUGUAAUUCAAUCUCAUUUGUAAUUUGACAGCGAGCUUGUAAAACUACUGAUUUCUGAAUCUUACUAUACAUUUCAUUUCAAA